UGGGAAUUGGAAUUAAGAAAUCCCUAAUUUCAGAACGUGAAAAAAGCUGAAAGCCUGAAGGAGUGGAACCUCUUCUUCUUUAAUUAUUAGCUGCUCAGUUCUGCAAUUUGUUGUCGCCGCCGGUGGUUGAUCAUGGCAGUCACGGGCGGCCAAGACGGAAACGGUAGUAUACUGGUGCUUGUCGAGGAUGUUAUGGUACCAGUUAGUGUGGUAUACAAUGCAAUCAAUAUCUUGAAGAAAGAGGGAGUUGAGAAGUUGGACCCAAUGAUUGUUACUCAAGCUUCAACCCAGAGUCUGACACCAGUGGAGUCUGCAUCUAUGGAUGUUGUUGCUCUCAUCUGUAGGUCCCUUGAGUUUCCUAGUGAUAAAUUGUGUGGGGACAUCUCAAGAGUGUUGAAGCCUGGUGGAACAGUCCUACUUAGCCUAAGUUCUCAAUCAGUCUCGAAGGAAAAAUCCACCCAUGACCGCAAGUUAUUAUUGGCUGGAUUCUCUGAUACACAGUCAUUUGAAGCUGGCCACUCUAUCGUGAUAACAGCAAAGAAACCUUCAUGGAAGGUUGGUUCAUCCUUUUCUAUCAAGAAAGUCGCAAAAAGUUUACCGAAAGUUCAGAUUGUUGAUGAUUCAGAUCUCAUUGAUGAGGAUAGCCUUCUCACUGAGGAAGAUCUGAAGAAACCACAAUUGCCAAGUGUUGAUGACUGUGAAGUUGGAAAAACAAAGAAAGCAUGCAAAAAUUGUACGUGCGGACGGGCUGAAGCUGAGACAAAAGUGCAACUUGGACCAACUGCUGAACAACUGAACAAUCCUCAAUCUGCCUGUGGCAGUUGUGGCCUUGGUGAUGCUUUCCGCUGCAGUACAUGCCCUUAUAAGGGUCUUCCUCCAUUCAAACUUGGUGAAAAGGUAACGCUUUCUGCAAACUUUCUUGACGCUGACAUCUAAGUUCAGAUCAUAACAGUCAAUAUAGGAUUGCUGCAACCGUUAUACUUGGGUCAAAGACUUGUUACUUUCGUUCUCUUUUGGUUGACAUGAGACAAGUGAAUAUGUAAUAUGUUCUCUUGUCGACGAGAGGGAAACAGCAGUGUGCCAUGAGCUGUUGUUAGAUCGUUAAGAGUUGAUAGAAAAUAAGUGGAUUUACAUGACAGAAUGCAAAGGAUUGGAACAGUUCUUGAGGCCAAGAUGUCAAACAAUUUAAGUUCUCAUUGUUAUUUUUUCUUAG